GAAAUCUCAGGGGGAAGAAACGAGGUCACAGCCAGUGUCGAAUUACACUCAGUUCUCCUAAUAUAGCGAGCAUUUCAAUAUCGUACGAAAAAGAAGAUAUUAAUUCAAGAAAAUAAAGUUGUUAAAUGUGUCAACUUCUGUUUUAUUAAGAACGUGAACGUUGGAAUACAGUUAUAUUGCCUCGAGUUGGAAUAUUAAGACAUGCGGGAAGUGAUGUUAGAUCCACAUACUAGUUCACAAGUGGAAUGAGGCCGUCACGUUACCAACCGCCAACCAACACACUACCUCCACCUGACGUAGCUGGUGUGAUUACACUGGAUCAGGUGCGACCACAACCAAGGAAGCAAAAUGAAUAUGUUGACACUCCACGCUCGCCACUUACACAUAGUGCAAGCAAGUUCGGAUCGGGGUCCACCACAAGUACAAAGAACAUAGUAGUUGUUCCUUCUACUCCAAGGGAGCGUGUUAUUUUACCAAAUAGAACUCCAAGUAGUACACAAAAUAGUAUUAUUCGAACUCAACCUAUUUCGACAAGUCCGCCUCUAAAAAAGGAUUUACCGCUUGAAAUUCAAAAUAGUGAUGAGGACUCGAUUAUUUGUAGUAAAUGUGGCAAAUGUCGGUGUGGUGCUUGUACUUCACCGCGGGAACUACCUUCAAAAUGGCUUUGUGGAGAUAAAGUAAACGUAAGUCCUGAGACUGCAGUUGAAUAUGCUACAUGCAUGUGUUGUGUUAAAGGUGUAUUUUACCACUGUUCGAAAGACGAUCAAGACGCAGAGUUUGAAUGUGUAUCAGACCCGUGCGCGUGCUGCAACAGACCGAACUGUUGUAAGAGAUGGACUUGUAUUUUAGCAAUGAGCAUGUGUUUGCCGUGUAUGUGCUUAUAUCCACCUGCUAAAUGUGGAUUAAUGGCGUGUACAGCAUUGUAUAACAAAUGUCGGAAAAAAGGUUGUACAUGCAGUAACAAAUCUAAUAAUCAAAGCGGGAAAAAAAGUAGGUCAUCGAGAAGUAAAAUGGACUCCUCAUCGCAAUAUCGGGGCCUACUGAUUGAGUCAGAUAGGGAAAGCUCGUCUGUUUCAAACACUUGAAAUUUCGUUAUGUUGUUGUUGUUUUCUUUUUUUGUUACAACCUUGUUACGGAGGCUUGUGAAGUUGAGCGAUACUAUACUGUUUUGACUCAUACUUGUGUACAUUUGAGCGAUUAUCUGUGAUGAACUUAACAAAACUUACUAUUUUUUUGUGCCAUGAUUAUUCGACAGUUUGGAAGAAAUGUAAAUGUUUGUACUGGAGUAGUGCACACAGUAUCUUUGUUUUGCAAAAUAAAUAAUCUACCAAACUAUCUUCAGAACUGGAUAUUUAAAGUGUCUGUCUCAGAAUAUAAACUUCUUCAGAGAGUAAAACACAGGAUUUUAAUAAUAUAGUACAAUAACUGUACCUUGACAUGAACAAGAUGCCGAAGAUAGAUUUGUGGUAGUUUUCUGAAACAAAAUAGGAAAAAUCAUUUGACAACAUUUUACAUAUUUUUUGACACAAAUCUUAUCAAAUUUUUAUAUCUUUUAGAAUGAUAACAGUGUUACUUUUGUAUCUAAGGGUUCAACUUCUUUAUUUUGAUAGUUCUCUAAAUUUAUUAUUUAAGCAUGGGUUUUACACUUUAUGCAAGUUCAUUAUAUUGUAAACAUUUCUGUUUUGUAUUCUUUACAAAAAAAUAUCUUUUAUUAUUCAGGCAAUAACAAAAUUGAAGGUUUUUUAAUAUGUUAGAAACAUGAACAUGAAUUGUUUUAACAAUGAGUAGAGAUACUCAUUUUAAGUGUCAAGUUUUUGAUAUAGGAAAAAAUAAAUUGGGUUUACUUUUCUGUUUAGGAAUGGUUAGGCACAUAUAAUGUUUUUUUUUCUUAACUUUGAUCACUUGUUACUUGGAGACAGUAGUCUUCUUUUUUUGUUUUUUUUUUGUUUUGUUUUUUUUCUUAGGAAAUUCUGGUUGGAACUAUCUAUAUUUGUCCACUCCCCAUUAGAUGAAAAAGUUAAAGUAAGAAUUAAAAUAGGAUUAUAUGGUUUUUAUGUUAAUUUGUAUUCAUUAGUAUAAAGAAAACGGGUAAUAAACCAUGUUCCUAUGAUUACAUGUAUUUUAUGGCAUAGUUUCACGUAUACAUUGAUCUUGUUUCUUUCACAUGAAGAAAGUUCAAGAGACUAUAAGUCAAGUUUUUCCAUUUACGUUACAUGUUGUUUGGGGUCUCUAGUGAUUUUCGAAUUUCAGCUUCACAAGAGUAACCCAUGUCUGGUAUUUUUCAUGAUCUGAAAAUUACGCUGACUGAUUUUAACAUCGUUGUAUAUGAUAGUUUGGUUGAAAGGGGAGCAGGACAUUGGAAUAUAGAAAGUUUGAACUUGAGUUUCCAUAUACAGUGCCAGUUACAAUAUGGGUUAUGUCAGUAAUUAAUACAGGUGUCUCUUUUUGACAAAGAUUGAUUAUGAAGAAAAACGUAGGCUCAAAACAUCUAGGGCUGGGUUGAAAGAAGUAAAGUUUUAUACAUCUCCAUUUCUAAUUUUCUGUUUAAACUAAGUAAUUUUUAUAUGUUUUGGAUAUAACUGACAUCAAUACUUUUAGCAGUUAAAAAAUGUUUUGAACUCCAUUCCAGCAACCUGCGGUCAUCAAAAAAGAGAUAAUAUGUAUUAAAUACUGAAUACUACGACCCAAUAUGCUUUAUCCAAAUGUGUUCAUGAUUUUUUUUCUCUAUUUGUUAUCGUAUUAAAUGUUCAUCAGUAACUGUAUUUAAACUUGAAUUGCAUGUUUUUGUAAAAAGAUAACAUCGUUUUCUGUGUAGUAGGAGUCCUAUGUAAUUUCACCAAUCUGGUUGAUUAUUUUAUGUUAAUUGUUAGGAACAAGCAGAUUGAUUUCACAUGUUUCAUUUUUAUCAAAGUCUGUUCUCCACCCAUUAAUCUACAUUUAAAGGCCCACCAUGACCUACUUUCAAGUUAUAAACCCAAGCAAGCAAUUAUAUAAGUUGUUUCAUCCAAAAUGAUAAUUAGAAAGAACAUAUGAAAAAAGUUAUUUUUCCCAAAUUUUAUUCAAGUUAGUAAUUAAACAAGUGUCCUGUUAUUCUGUUUACCUGUGUUUAUUAAAUAUAGUAUAAGAUGUUUUGGAGAGAUGGUAACCAGGAUAAAUGAGUCGGAGAAGGCGGCCAUUUUGUCUUGUUUCUUACUUUAUACAGCUCAUUUGUUCAUGUUUGUUAUUUGCAUUUUUUUGGCAUUAUUAUCUCAUUGUGAUAGUUUUGUUUGUUACAAGCAUGGUUGUUAACCAUUAAACUGGUUAUAUCAUUGGUGCAGUCAAACAAAUACUGAAAUGUCUGGAGCAAAAUAUAUAAAUAUAUAUAUUAUAUAUAUACUUUCAUCAAAUUGUUUUAUCAUUAUGUGACUUCAUGGAAUUACAGAUCAAGAAAAUCUCAUUUUAUCUCUCUCUGUGUAGACUGGCUUACCUCCAAAUCCCAUCAUCUAAUGACCUACUUUAACUACAUACAAUAAUGUAUCCUCUGUAGCUUCUAUAUAACAGCUGUACCAAAAUGAGCCGCGUCACGACAAAACCAACAUAGAGCAUUUGCGACCAGCAUGGAUCUAGACCAGCCUGCGCAUCCACGCAGUCUGAUCAGGAUCCAUGCUGUUCGCUAUCAGUUUCUCUACUUGUAAUAGGGUUGGAAAGCGAACAGCAUGGAUCCUGAUCAGACUGCGCAGAUGAGCAGGCUGGUCUGGAUCCAUGCUGGUCGCAAACGCUCUAUGUUGGUUUUGCUCUAUGUUGGUUUUGUCGUGACGCGGCUCAAAUGUGUAUAUAUAUAACAGAGGAGAGGAAAAAACAACUAUUUUUUACAUCAAUAUAGCUAGGUUUGCAUAAGUAUCUACUAGGGGAUAUAUAUAUAAACUGCUGUUACAAAUAAAGUCACGUCUGUUUUUCUAUAUGUCAGUUAUUGAUAGAUUUUUAUAAUACAUGUAAGAUUGUCUCUCCCAAGGCAGUAAUGUUCCGUGUGGGUGACCUAAAUUGACAAUAAAAAUCAAUAGUUGUCUUAUUUUGAGGCCUUUUAAAUAUUUAGCAGUUACAAAACAGACUGUUAAUUACUGAUAACUGUUAAUUAUUUCAAAAACAUAAAUAAAUGUACAUGUUUACAGUUUUUGUUAAAUGAUGUUGGAAAAAAAAUACACAGAAUUUUUUUAUUUGUCCCAUAUUUGUUGUUGAAGAUGGACUUUUACCAAAGUAGGUACAUAAGUGAAUGUAAAUAUUUGAUAUAAAUAUAAAAUCUAUAUAUAUUAGUACAACAUUGUACAUGAUUACAGUGCUGUUGUUGUUAAUGAAACAUUGUAUAAAGAAAGUUUCUGUUGAAAAUGGA